AUGACUAGCGGAGAAGUAAAUAACCGUAAUCCGAAAGACACUCAGGUGGAUUUCAAACGGUGCAAAAGCAAUCGAGUGAAGGCUCAGAGACAGCAAAGUUCACGUACAGAGACCUAUUGCACCAAUCUCACGCACACAGAUAUUCCUGACCAAUGUAACUGUAUCGAAUGCACCGCAGCGUUAUAUGACAGUCAGUGGAAGACAAGCUACGCCGAAUCUAGCAAACACACAGACGCUAUUGGCGCCGCCUUCGGCAUCACUUCCACCACAGCUUCUUGUGUAUCUGCUUCUUCUUCAUUCGAGGCCGUGCCCUCUAUUCGUCCAAUGGGGGUGUCCUGUCCCAUCAGGCGUACCUCACUCAAUGGUUUCGUUUACACUGCGUGA